GUAGGUGAAAUUGAAAACUACCAACGAUUAGUUGGUUCAAGUGGUACAUGCUUGAACAAAAUUGACUCCAAAUGAGAACAUAUGUCUCAAAAAAAAAAUUGAAAACCAGAAAGGCCACAAAACAAGGUAAACGACAGCAACCUGCAUUAAAACGACACUCUCGCACAAAUUUUCCAGUUGCCACCACCACCAUUAACGUUUUCUUCCUCAGCUUCUGGUUUUCUACAUUCUUCCUUUUGCAGUUUGCAGUGUCGCAACACACUCACACAUGUUUUUCCUCUUCAUUCUGCGCAAUCAUAGUGUUAAAAAUUCAAACCUUUUGUGUUUCCAUUUGCUUUCCCAUCUCUUUCUCACUUACCCAUUUUCUGUUUUCUACUUUUUUGUGUAAAUUUUUGUUUUUUGGCAGAGGAAGGAGAAGGAGAACAAGAGAAGGUGGAGGAGAUGAUGAUGGAAGGUGUAGCAUCAAUAGCAUUGCUACCAAGUGGAUCUGUCUCAGGACACUUCAUACAACUUCCCCAUUCUACCUGCUAUGGCCUUCAUGGCACUGUCACAGAAAGAACGAGCAACUGUUGUGGAGUGCAAAGGUCAUGAUGCUGCUCGGUUCAACAGCAUUGAUCAUGCUCAUGGGUCAAAUUUUCUCGAAUUAUUUGUCUCCAGUCAGCUGGUGGGAUAAGGAUAUCACAGCUUUGAUUGAACAAAAGGAUGGGAAGAAAAGAAUCUUGGUUUCAUUUGAGUGUGAGACUCUGAAAGCUGAUAAAGCAGCUGAAGACCACAUCAGGCAGUUCAUGCCAAAAUUAGCUGGGCUGGAUGCUAUUGUUAACAUUGGAAGGAUGACAAUUUCUGGUUUGGACUUUGGGGCGGCGGAAGCAGAGACUGAGUGCAAAAUUUGAUAUUGUAUCUACUAGCCAGUAUCCAUAAGGCUACUGAGAGGAAGAUUCAAAUGCAUGAUUUGACCAAAUCCUGCAGAAAACUAUUUUGUAGAUAAAAUAUAAUUUGCUCAAAUUUUUUUUCUCAAAGAAGCAAAGAGUUUGAAUAGUGUAGUUUAUUGUCUGGGCAUUAACUCCACUCAUUCAUAAAAGGAAAGAGUAAUUACACUUAAA